AAUAUAUAUCACUUCCUCGUUUUGAAAUUGUUUUUACUUACAAUACUUAUCAAUAGGUAGUUUGAAAUGUCGUGUAUUCUUUUGCCUUUUUAUUUCGUUGGAUUUGCUUUAGUUCGUGGAUACAGCAGAGAAUGCGAUUACAAUCGAACAAUAUUUGCACCAGAGGGAACAACAGUAACUUUUCUGUACAACAACACAGACAUAUUGAAACAUCGCUUAAGUAUAAUAAGGACGUCGGGGUCAACUACAGGAUAUCUUUACAGUGCCAAUGUAGCCGACGCACCUAAAAUACGUACUUAUUAUUAUGAUGUUUCUUGGAAAUACAGAUCAAACAUUAGUUUCCACUCUGGAUCUAAUGAUCAAUUCAUUCUGAAAAUAGAUUUAAACAACGUCCGUAUGGAGGAUAACGGGACAUACCUAAUAAGUAAUGGUCGUGAUAACGAUUGUUAUAUCCUUUAUGUAAUGCGAACAAGAAUUCAGCCAAGUCAUAGUCAAGAAGAAAAUGAACCAAUAUAUGUGUUUGCACAUCCGCAAGCUUCACUGAUAAAGCGACCGUUAACGAACGCAACUAUGGUCUGGUUAUUAGAUGGUAAAUCUGACAAAGAAACAGCCAGUUUUAUUGAGCAAGGUGAUCUUAUGUGGAUACCUAGCCUCAGAAAAAGUCUCAAUGAAAGGAAUGUAACAUACCGUGCUAUACAAGAUGAUGGAAGAAUCACUGAAGUGAAUACCACUAUAACAGUAAAAUAUGGACCAAGUCAUUCUCUCAUGCUGGUACCAAGAAAAACACACUAUAAUUUGGUCAGUGGAGAUAUCAUGCCCAACAUAACAUGUACCCCUGAAUGUAAUCCACCAUGUAAAAUUUCCUGGGGAGAACAUAGUAAAGGAAAGACACUCAGUCUUGGAUCUGUUAAGAAUAAAGAUUCAGGAGAGUACACAUGUACUGCUAGUAGAAUAGGUGGCCAGACUGUACAACAGACUGUCAGUAUUUUUGUUGCUGAUCGACCACUUCAAUCCCUCAAGCUGUCACCAAGAAAGACACUCUAUAAUUUGGUUAGUGGAGACGCCAUGCCUGAUAUAACAUGUACAUCUGAAUGUAACCCACCAUGCACCAUAUCCUGGGGACAAGAUAGCAAAGACAACAUUCUUAGUCUGGGAGCGGUUACCACAGAAGAUACGGGGGAAUACACGUGCACAGCAAGGCGAUUGGAUGGUCGUACUGUAGAGCAGACAGUCAAUGUUUUCGUGUCUGACAACUCAUAUUUUGCCAUAGCGAUUAUAUGUUUGGCGACAGUUCAGUCACUUACUAUCAUUGCGCUUGGGUUGUGUACAUUUUUCAUUUACAAAAGGAAAGUUCUGUUUUGUUGUCAACAACUUUCAGAGUUCGUUUCCAAGAAUAAAACAGACAACACAACAGUCAGUAUUCCUCAAUCGAACGUGCAAGGAUCUGAAAAUAGGGUGUAUGAAGACUUGAAACAUGGAACAAGAAACAAUGUUUACGGCGAGGUUAUCUUGUCUACCAUAGGAGAUGAUGCUACAGUUAGUACAUAUGAAAACAUGAGCAUUCCGGAAAGAAACAAAGCUGUAGCCGAAAAUUAAAAUAUUCCACUCGUUGAAUAAUGUCAUAUGUACACAUGCAUUACUAAAAAGUAUUUACAUGCGGUAAAAAUGCAUUUUUCUAGAAUACUAAUUUUCAAAAGUUAAAAAGCGAUAGAAUAAGAAUUAGGCAUCGUUUAAAAGUUUAUUUGUGCAAAGACAUUCAAAUUUACAAGUAUGUCAGGCUAUUUUAGAAGGAUAUUUUGUACUUAAUAAUCUAUUUUCUAAGGCAACAAGGGGUACCGUGAUUUAUCGUUAUCAUUGAAAAAAGCAAAGGCAAAAAUAUGUUUAAGGUCCUUACUUGAUUUAAGUAACGCAAAAAAGAUACAAGAAAAAAAGAUUUACGGAGCAGUUGUUCAAUGAAAGAUUUAAAAUCGAGUGAAAAUAAGUCUACCAGCAACAUUUUUGUAUGUAACUGAAUAAAAUAGUCUUUGCUUUGAGCAAGUGUUGUGAAUCAUCAGAUAACAUAUUUAUCUGGUAAUUUUGAUUGAAUGUUCUAAAACUAUGAACAGUGCUUUGCUUUUUCCCUUUUUAGAAGUAUCUGAACAUUUUACAUUAAUGAUGAUAAAUGACAUUGAAAGUCAACCUCAAAAAUCGAAUUGGGCUCCAUGUGUUAAAAAAAUAUUUUAUCGAGACUAGCUUUUUUAUUAUGUUUGCCUAGAACAGGGAGAAGAUUCUCACAUAUUUGUACAAAUUUAUAAGCAAAGAAUAAAGGAUGUUUUUGUACGAUGAUGGCAAAGUAGGAUUGAUAUCUCGACUAGAGCUACUUUUUAUACAUAAAUAUGUAGUUAGGUUUUCAACCAUACCUUAAGAUACUUAAUGUUACUAAAUAUAGAAAAGCAUGUAGAUUGAAAGUAUCCUCACAUCGAUUAAAUAUAGAAUGUGGCCUGUGAAAUAGAACUGUGAGAGAAAAUAGACUUUGCAUAUUCUGUAAUAAGUUAGAAGAUGAAUUUCAUUUCCUUUUUUAGUGUUUACUAACCUUUAUGACACAAUUAGAGAUAAAUAUAUAAAUAGAUACAACAGAGUUCAACCAAGCAUGUUUAAAACGAUAAAAUUGUUUUUCGUCAGAAAAUGUUAAAGUAAUAAGAAAUGUAUCUGUAUAUAUGUAUAUAAGGCAGUUGAUAUAAGAAGAUGUAGAUAUAAUACUUAGAUAGUAUAUUGUGUUAUUAUUGACUGCACAUGGUUUUACUGCGGCAUAUACAAAGAAAAAACAUACAUAUUCAUAUUUUCACGAAUAUUUGUGUUAAACUUCAUGAGUAGUUUAACAGUCAAUUGUUGAUUUUAUCAUGGCUUUAAUUAAUAUAUGACGUCAAAUUGCGUAUAAAUAUUUCUCUACAAGUUAAAGCAGCAGUACUUCCAUGUAUUUGUAAAUAGAAAAUGUUUACGCACGUAUGUACUGACAUGAUAGAAAACUGUUUAAUAUAUACAAAUAAUACCUAAAAAUAACAAGAUGCAAAAUAAUGUUUUAUACUUAGUUUAUAUUUUAUAUCAAUCUUAAUAAACAUUUAAGAUUCAAUUAUGAACAAAAACAGAUAUUUUCAAAAGAUACACAAUUUUAAGGAACACAACUAUUCGGUUUUUAUUGUUCUAGUCUCACUCUCAGACAUAUUCCUUUGAAAUGUAAGGGAAGUAAUUACGAAUCAAAUGCAUUAAAAAAUGUAAGAGUAGUGUAUCCUGUUUGUUUGCAUCUUACUAUUUUUACAUAUACUUUGUUAACUAUAUUGACACAUUUAUUAUUGACUAUGCCAAUAUCAAUUUAUAUGUGUAUAUACCAAAAAAUGUACUAUGACCUAUAAUGGCUUUGUCAAUUGUGUAUUGUGAGAUUUAUGAAAGAAUAAAGCUUCUUCUUCUUCAGAG